CUUAAGAACUGUUACAUUUUCUUAUUGAUGUCAUUUAAAAAAAUGUUUUCAGAUUAGGGCAAUACUAACCAGUAAUCAUGAAAACUCUACUUUACUCCAGUGUUGUACUGGUUGUAGUGGUUGCAGUACUGAGAAACCAGUUUAGUAAACAGUUUGUAAACAUGGCUGAUCUAGUUCUAGAUCAAAUAUAUUUUGGACUCUGUAAGUUGGACGGGGUACAGGAGUUCAAUCAAAGAUCUCCUAAUUAUAUGGAAGGAAACUGGAUUCCAGUUCAUAAAGAGUUGAAAGUUGUUGGUGUGCCUGGGAAAGGAAACCUGCCUCAGGAGCUGGUUGGAACUACAUAUGCAAGAAUUGGUCCAAAUUUGAAAUGUUGGCCUCCCACCAAUAAACAUCAUGCAUUCAAUGGUGAAGCUAUGAUCCAUACAAUACACAUGGAUACAAAUAGUUCAAUAAAAUACAGCAACAAUUGGAUAAGAGAAAACCUUCCAAAUAAAAGAUGGGAUGAUAUUGGAAAGGAGUGUGGGCCUACUUUUGGUUUUGCAGAUUUAAAUGACGGAGGUUUAGUCUUAUUCAGGUAUCUUGUGCUCAAGAUGAAAUCCAAAUUAAAGGGUAUAGUUCAUCCCCCGCAGGAAAGAAUUCAGGCUGGAUCUACUGCUAUAGUUCAUCAUGCAGAAAAGAUAUUUGCUUGUUCCGAGCUUUUUCUGCCAUUUGAGAUCAAAAUGUCAAGUGAUUCUGUUAAUCCUAUUGGAUUCUAUGAUUACCAUGGGAAACUCACAAAUCGGAAGAAUGGUCCUGUUGAUGGAACCUUUUCAGCUCACCCUGUAAUUGAUGAGAAGACGGGUGACCUGUACUAUGCUUCUACUAAUCAAGCAGCAGGAUCAGUAGCUGGAGGUCAACCCUUUCUAGAUCUCGGGGUCGUAGAUAAAACAGGAGUUCUUUACAAACUCUUCCAUAUUCCUAUCAGAAAUCCUACAUCAGCCUUCUACCACGACAUAAUGCUCACUGAGAAUUAUGUUAUAAUUCCAGAAACUUCUCUCAAAAAAGAUGUCACCAGAUUAAACAGUUAUAAGACCCUGACAUUUUACAAUGAAACGGAACCAAUGAGAUUUGGGAUUAUUGGACGUGAUGCACGUCCGCAGAUGAAAUAGUUUGGAUAGCGACUCAGUUUCCAGGGCAUAUUUGGCAUACAAUAACCGCUGCAGAGGAAAAGGGUAGAAUAACUGUGUAUUAUUUUCAGGGCAUAUUUGGCAUACAAUAACCGCUAAA